AUGUCAGCUACAACAACAACAACACUGCCAUACAGUAUUAUCAAUACACUUUUAAUUGCCAUACUUGUCAUUUUAAUAUUUUAUAUAUUUAAUAUAUUAUAUAGAGUUUAUAAAAAUGUAAAAUUAGUAAAACAUAUACCAGGUUAUUGGCAAAUAAUUUAUACACCAUUUCACAUUCCACUCAUUGCAAAUUAUUGUAAUUUUACAACAGCUGAUAAAGUUAGAGAAUUAUCUUUCCAAUUUGGAGGUGAAGGUAAAAUCUUUAGAUUAUCAAUGUGUAAUCAAAAUAUGAUUUGGUUAUUGGAUAGAGAUUUAAUUAAACAAGUUAAUAUUACAAAAGCUAAUACUUUUGAUAAACCUAAUUAUGUUUAUCAGGCUUUUAGAAUUUAUGGUGAAAAUUUAUUAUCAGCUCCAAAUCAUGAAAUUUGGAAGAAACAUCAUCGAAUUGUUUCACCUGCUUUUUCUGCUAAAAAUUUAGAAUUGGUUUGUCAAAUUUCAAAUCAAGCAAGUGAUAUGUUAAUUGAAAGAUGGAUUAAAUUGUUAAAUAAUAAUACUAUUUCUAUUAAUAGUAAUAUUUCUAAAAAUGGUAAUAAUCAACAGCUAGUUCAAAUUAAUAUUGAAGAUUUCUCUGAAUUAACCAUGACAGUAUUAUUAGCAGGUGGAUUUGGUAUGAAAACAGUACCAACAUUUUUAGAUUCUGAUUCAAAAAAGAAUCAACUUUAUACCAAUGAAAUGAAUAAGGGAAAUGAAUUUGUUUCAAAUAUGGAAAUUGUUUGGAGAAGAGCAUUAGUAUUAAGAAGAUUUGUUCAACAAGAUGAAUAUCCUCUUCUCUAUAAAUUAUUACUUAAUUUAACAAGUGUUGGUAAAGCAUUGGAUUAUAUUGGUCAAUCAAUUGAUAAUAUGAUUGAUGAAAGAAUUAAUGAAAUUAAACAAUCAUCUAAUAAUAAUUCUAAUAAUAUUAAUUCUAAUAAUGAUUCUAAUAGUGUUAGUACAUUUAAUAGUAAUGAAAUUGAUUGGGAUGAAAGAAAAGAUUUAUUAAGUUUACUUGUUAGAGCUAAUUUACAAGAUUCAGUUUUAACUAGAGGUGAAUUGAAGAGUAAUGCACUUGUGUUUUCAUUGGCUGGUUAUGAUACAAGUUCAACAUCACUUCAAUGGUUAAUGUAUGAACUUUCUAAACAUGUAAAUAUUCAAAAAGAAUGUCAACAUGAAAUUGAUACCCUAUUAGGAAAUAAUGAAUUUACAUAUAAUGAUUUUGAUAAAUUUGAAUAUAUUACAAGUGUUGUCAUGGAAUGUUUACGUAUUCAUCCACCUGUGUUUGAAGUUGAUAAAAUAGUUGCUAAAAAAAAUACCAUCAUUGGUGAAUAUGAAAUUCCAAAAGGAACUCAAAUUAAUAUUAAUUUAAUUGAUGUUAAUAGAGAUGAAAAAUUGUGGGAAAAUCCACAAGAAUUUAAUCCUAACAGAUUUAAAACACAACAAGAAAAGGAAUUUGUACAAAAUAAUCAUCAAUGGAUUCCAUUUAGUUCUGGAAAUAGAAGAUGUAUUGGAUAUAAAUUUGCACAAAUGGAAAUUACAUCAGUUAUUAUUAGAUUAUUACAAAAAUGUAAUUUUAUAUUAUUGAAUGAUGAAAUUAAGGAUCCGAUCGGAAUUGAAACUUCACUCACAAGUAAACCAACAAAUCUGAAAAUUGGUGUUCAAUUAAGACAAUAA